GUAUUCUCUUCUGGACAAUCGAAAUUCUCUUCAAAUCAAAUUAAAUAGGAAUUCCUCUAGUUAGCCUAAGGCUGACGACAGAGAAAUGAAUGGUGAUGAGAAAGGGACGAAUGAAGAAGAUGAAGAAUGAAACGCAAGAGCGGCAUCCGAAUUCGGCAACUUUUUAAAAAGGUUUUGAUUUCAAACAUUCGGCACGCCAACUCACGACACCCAGAAGCCAGAUUAGAUAUAUCUCUUGCAAUUCUUCAUUUUUCUUUUCUUUCUUCCUUCGUCAAGCAACAGCAACCAGCAAGUCUUCCGCCCCCCUGCCUCCUUCCAUCUCUGCCUCUGGCUUCUGGGUUUUGGUCGCCUUAACCUGGAAUUUGCUUCUUCUCCUUUUGCUAGUGCUUCUCUUGAGCUCUGCUUAGUUCUUCAUUUCGUGGGAUUGUAGUUUGCUAGAUAAUGGACGGAACUGUUGUGAGAAGGGUCAUUCCCUCGGACAAUUCUUGCCUCUUCAAUGCCGUUGGAUAUGUUAUGGACCACAACAAAAAUAAAGCUCCUGAGCUUAGACAGGUUAUAGCUGCAACAGUGGCAAGUGAUCCAGUAAAGUACAAUGAAGCAUUCCUUGGAAAACCAAAUCAAGAAUAUUGUGCAUGGAUUCUUGAUUCGGAGAAGUGGGGAGGUGCCAUUGAGCUUGCAAUAUUGGCCGAUUAUUACGGACGUGAAAUUGCAGCAUAUGACAUUCAAACCACUCGAUGUGAUUUAUACGGUCAGGACAAGAAGUACUCUGAAAGAGUGAUGCUCAUCUAUGAUGGUCUCCACUAUGAUGCUUUAGCUAUGUCACCAGUUGAGGAAGCUCCCGAGGAGUUUGAUCAGACCAUAUUUCUAGUCCAAAGGGACAGGACAAUUGGGCCUAUUGAGGGGCUUGCUCUUAAUCUUGUUAAGGAUCAACAAAGGAAAAGAAGCUACACAGACACUGCAAACUUCACACUAAGGUGUGGCGUAUGCCAAAUUGGUGUUAUCGGUCAGAAGGAAGCCGUGGAGCAUGCACAAGCUACUGGGCAUGUCAACUUCCAAGAAUAUAAAUGACAAAGAUCUCCCGUGGAACUACUGUUAUUUUCUUUGAACCACAGUGUAUUGGAUUCUUCAGUAGCCAAGAAUUGAAUUGCAAACUUCUUUCAACUUUCGUGUUGUAGCUCAAUGAUUUGAAGACAUGAUUCACUACAAAUGGAUGUUCAAAAGUUCUUUAAUACAUCUGUAGUGUGACCAAGCAGUGAAUAUUUUCCAGAAAGCAAAUACGAAAUUCCACUUGUAUACCAAAAGAAACCUUGGUCCAAGAUGAAAAUGAAGCUGAAUUUUUAUCCCCUUGGGCAUAUACAACAAACUGAUCAACAACAAGGGCUCUAUACGCCCAUAAAGAUAUAAACUCUGAACUAUUUCGAUCAAUAAGGCUCUUACAGUUACAGAAAUUGGUACAUGAUCAAGCAAGUGCUUUCUUUUCUUGGGGGGCAUCUCCUAACCUCUAGAUCUUCUGCUUCAGUACAUGGCGCAGUUGGAGUUUCUGGCUCUGCAUCCUUCCUUCCAAAAGCUUCGACUUUAAACUGUGCUUCUGCAAGGUGCCUCGCGGCCAUUCGAUGCAUCCUUUCAUUCCUCUAGUUAUGUGGGGGUUCCCCGACUCGGGUAAUGAACUCCAUUGACCUACAAAAUCAGAAGGGCUAAAACUUCUUCCUCCAUCUUUGCCCGAACCCCUAUCUGGCGAUACCAUCCCUGCACUUGAUUUCCUUCCAUUGGAGAACCUACCAUUCAUUCCAUCAACUGAUAUGAUCUUGUAGUUCUCCCCAUUACUGCCAGACUUCCACAGCCUUGCAAUUGCAGAUACCUUUUUCGCCUGCCUAUUGUUCGGCAAAGAACAAAUCUCACUGAUUUCUUCUGCAAUAUGGGCAUCCUUGCAGAUGUUGUCUUCUUCCCAUUCUGUACCGCUCCCUGACACGUUACUAUCCCUGUGAAUCUUAUUGACAGAUGGAACACUUCCAUCGGGGGAGAAACUCGAGCCUUGAUCCUCGAGAUGGCUCACCGUCUCCCACCCGCUUUCAUCUUCUUCUAUCUCCUCAUUCUGAUUAAUCACAUAGCCAUUGCAAUGACUAGCAGGACUGAAAGCAGUCGAACAGUGCUCAAUGUCUCUCUCAUCAUUUGGCUCACCAGAAUUAACUUCCUCAAGAACAGCAAAUAUAUCGUCUGGGUUAGAGGGCUCGUAAGUGAAUUCCUUCACCACUUCGAUAUUAAUGGCGGCUGCAGCCUGCAUUAAAGACUCCACUUGUCUAACUUCUGAAAUUGCAGCACCUCUCGAUCUUAAAAAGCUUUCCAAAUCUGCUACAAGCUUAUUCAUCUGAGAAUACUUCUCCUCGAGAGCCACUUUGGCAUCAACCAGCUUCAUCUGAACGCGUUCUUCACGCCAAACCUCGGCCAUCUGCAGCAUCUUCCUCUCAUCGUCAACUUCUUCACGCAGCUUCAUUGAAUCCCUCUUUAUUGCUUCAAUUUCAGCUUUGUCAUCCCCAAUUUCUUUAGCGAGCUCAUCGCACACUUCCUCGAUCAACUCCCGACCCUUUCUUUCCUUUUCGUAGUCCUGCAUCAGUCGCUUCCCGGAUACCUUUGCAUCAGCCAGCUCGUUAACCAGCUUCGAGUUAAGAAUCUCCAAUCUCUGCCUGUUUUUCCUCUCGCGGCUUAGGUCUGACUUGAUGUCAUCGAUGAAUGCACGGAUUUUCUCGUGCUCUCUGCUCCUCCAUGCAGCUCUUUCCUCACUUACUUUCUUUAGGAAGUGCUCAAGUUUCUUUUUCGAGGACCGUCGUUCAGUUUCCAGUUCAUGGAUGCGUGUUCGAGCCUGCUCGAGCUCGGAUUCGAGGGCGGAAACCAUUGAGACAGCGCUAACUUGUUGAUCAAGACGUUUCAUGUGGCUGUAGAUCUGGCGUACCUCAUCUGGUGUUUCGAAGCAGACUGGAUCCCACUUGGUUUUUCCCUCCAUUGCAGAGUUGGAGAACUGGAAAGAAGGUUCAAGCUUACACAAGAACCUGUUCUUCAUAGCAGAGCAGGAAGUAGGGCUAUGCAAUGGAUCCUUCAACUCGGAACCAUAAACUUUCUCAGUUCGAUGGGGUACAGCACCAGGACGAGCAGCCCCUGGCUGAAACCCCAACCCAUCCCUCCUCCUCCGCUCCCCACCACCGCCGACCGCCUUCUCCGGCGACUGCAACCUCCACAACCCAGCAGCUAGCUUCCUGGCAGAAACAGAGCUCCCACUGCUUCUCUUGCUCCUCCCUCUCCUACCCUCCUCUUUACCAUUCCCCUGCUUCUCCUCAUCCUCAUCCGCAGCAUCAUCAUCUCCACCCUCCUUACCCCCACCAUUCCUCGCUCCGCCCUCCUCAACCUUCCAUUUCAACAGGGGCGUCUCGGGUCGGCUCCGCCGCCCGACCGAAGGGGCGACCCGCUUCAACCGGGUCAGGCCCCGGGUCCUGCGCCGUGUCGGCCUGACGAGAUCUGAAUCGGGAAUUUGCUGAUGCGGGUUCUGAUUAAACCCCUUGGAGUUAAGAAUCGAAGCCCCCACUACCGCCGUCGACGAAUGCUGUUUCCCGGUGGUCACCUUCAUUACUGCUCGCCGGCACAAUCAGCCAUUGACCCGACACCCGAAAAAAGCACGGCCCAAAAGAUCAGAGCUUUAGAUAGAGAAAGAGAAGCUCAAUGGGUCGCGAGGUCGUGAUGAUGUGUGUGUCUGGAAGUGGGGAAAGUUGUAAAGCAGGGAGCUUUGUGAUGCAGAUAGCGAGAGAGAAAGAGAAAGGUUAAGGAAGCGUUUGUUUCUCUGAGCUCGGGAGCAAAAAUCAUUGGAUUCGCUGCGGUGUCGGAAGGAAGGCGAUGCGACGUCGUUUCGGAGGGAAUGAUGGGGGAAAAGCGCGCGCUUUCCGCCUGGUGCACGUGAGCUCGGGCAUGUGGUCUGCCAGAGAGAGACGUUGCUAGUUUUCUAUACCUAAGUCCAUGAUCCAUAAUAUAAAUUAAUUAAU